AUGCCCUUGGAUAAAGAAGAUAACGAAUUGGGCCUGACUCCCUCCCACAACCAAAUUGGGGAGAUCCGCGAUGCUCCAUAUGCCCAUGAUGCUGUCUUUGGAGACAUCACCGAAGAUGGACCCAAUUAUCGUAACGUCGGAUGGAUGGGGACCAUUGCCCUUAUGAUCAAGACCCAGAUCGGCCUCGGAGUGCUCUCCAUCCCCGGCGCCUUCGAUAUCCUCGGAAUUGUUCCCGGCGUCAUCUGCCUGCUGGCCAUCGCCGCCAUCACCACCUGGUCCGACUACAUGGUCGGUGUCUUCAAGCUGAACCAUCGCGAAGUGUACGGCAUUGACGAUGCCGGUGGGCUCAUGUUUGGUCGUCUUGGUCGUGAAUUUUUUGCCUUCGCCUUUUGUCUCUGUAGUCUAUCGAUCGGUCUAAAUGCCGUCUCCACGCACGCCACUUGUACAGCCGUCUUCCUCGCCGUCGCUGCCAUUAUCGGGUUCGUGUUUUCGAGUAUCCAGACUCUCGGACGGCUCACCCUCCUAGCAUGGCUUGGUGCAUUCAGUAUCCUCACUUCGAUCCUUAUCCUCACCAUCUCCGUUGGUGUUCAAGACCGCCCUGCUGCCGCCCCCCAAGAUGCCCCUUGGGCCUCUGACUUUAAAAUAAUCGGCAAUCCCAGCUUUUCAGACGCUAUAUCGGCCGUUGCGACCCUCGUCUUCGGAUAUGCCGGGACCCCAGGUUUCUUCUCAAUCGUCUCUGAGAUGCGCGAUCCUGGCUUCUACCCUCGCUCCCUGAUGAUUUGCCAGAGUGUAGUGACGGGAACGUACAUUAUCAUCGGUUGUGUCGUCUAUUACUACUGCGGAUCCUACGUGGCCUCGCCUGCUCUUGGUUCGGCCGGUGUGACGAUGAAAAAGGUCUGCUAUGGCGUUGCUCUCCCUGGUUUGAUGGUCACCAUUAUGCUGGUUUCUCACUUGCCUGCCAAGUAUAUCUUCCUCCGCAUCCUCCGAGGCUCCAGACAUCUCACAGCCAACACCUUCAUCCACUGGGCCACCUGGCUCAGCUGCACGUUCAGCAUCGCCAUAAUCGCAUACAUCAUCGCUAGCGCCAUUCCAGUCUUCGAUGGUCUCGUCUCGCUUGUCGGAGCCUUACUCGGAACACUCAUGUCAUUCCAGCCAAUGGGGUGCAUGUGGCUGUAUGACAACUGGAGUAAAGGAAAGGUUGACAAAAAGCCCCGGUGGAUUGCCAUGGUUUGCUGGAGUUGUUUUGUGGUAGCAUCUGGUACUUUCCUCAUGGUGGCUGGUACUUAUGGGUCUGUGGUGAGUAUCAUGAACAGUUACAAAGAGGAGGGGGGAUCAGCUCCGUGGUCGUGCGCUGAUAAUUCGAAUUCGGUAUGA